AUGGCUUCAAAAGAACCAUUGGAAAAGACUACCGAGUCUCCUACUAUCACCGCAGAUGUUGAAGUAGAACAGGGUCGUCUCAACGAGCUAGACGACAAAGACGAUCCUACCUUGAAGGAGGAUGAGCUUGAUUAUGAUUCCGAACACUCUCCUUUCCCUGAAGCGGUGGUUCCCGAGACCGAUGACCCAAGCACGCCGGUCAAUACACUGCGAAUGUGGAUUCUGGGAAUGUUCUUCACCAUCCUUGGCUCUGGAAUCAAUCAGUUCUUCUCUCUGCGAUAUCCAUCCGUGCACAUUGUGUCGCUGGUGGCUGAACUGCUGGCCUAUCCAUGCGGUGUCUCCCUCGCCAAAAUCCUGCCUCUGUCGACCAUCAAUCUCGGACGACUAGGAUCUUUCUGCAUCAACCCAGACCGUUACUUUAACAUCAAGGAACAUGCGGUCAUCGUGAUAAUGAGCAACGUCUCCUUUGGCUAUGGAAGUGCAGAUUCAACCAACAUCAUCCAAGCAUCGAGCUCCAAAUUCUACAAUUUCGGACUUUCAGCAGGGUUCUCCGUCCUCAUCGUCAUCUGUGCCCAGCUCCUGGGCUUCGGCGUAGCAGGAUUGGCUGCUCCAUGGCUGGUUGAACCGGCCAGUAUCAUCUGGCCCCAGGUCUUAUCGAACUGUGCCAUGCUGGAGACUCUUCAUUCGCGAGCGAAUUCCGUUGCCAAUGGAUGGAAAAUCUCUCGUCUGCGUUUCUUCCUCUAUGUCACGGCAGGCGGCUUCGUCUGGUACUUCUUACCAGGAUUAAUGUUCACGGCUCUGUCGUACUUUACCUGGAUUUGCUGGAUUGCGCCCAAAAACGUUGUUGUUAACCAGUUAUUUGGAAUGCAGACAGGAUUGGGAUUGAGUCCCAUCACCUUCGACUGGAGUCAAAUAGCGUACAACACCAAUCCCCUCCUUUCCCCCUCCUGGGCUGCAAUAAACGUCUUCGCAGGCUUUGCAGCCGCCUUCUGGAUUGUGGUGCCCGGCAUUUACUACACAAAUACAUGGUUUACAGCCUACCUUCCCCUGAUGACGGCCGAUGUCUACGACCGAACGGGCGCGGCAUACGACACUGCCCGAGUGGUCAGCGAGCAAAAAACACUCGACAUUGACGCCUACAAAAACUACUCCCCUCCCUACCUUGGUGCUACCUAUGCCUUUGUCUACGGCAUCUCCUUUGCCUCCCUCACAGCCGUCCUAACGCACAUCUGGGUGUGGCACGCAAGUGACAUCUGGGCCGCCCUCAAAGGCAAGAACAAACUAGACAUCCACGCCCGACUGAUGCGCACCUACAAAAGAACCCCCUGGUACUGGUACGCAGCCAUCAUCGUAGUCAUUACCGCCGUCGCCAUCGCCAUCGUCGAAGUCUACGCCACCAAGCUCCCCGUCUACGGCGUCUUCCUCGCCCUCAUCAUCCCAGCCGUCUACAUGGUUCCCUGCGGCAUCGUCCAGGGUAUCUCCAACAUCGAUGCAAACCAAAUCAACGUCCUCAGCGAAUUCAUCGGCGGCUACAUGUUCGAAGGGAAACCCCUUGCCAACAUGAUCUUCAAAAUCCUCAGCACAGACGUCGUAGGCCAAGGCGUCUACUUCGCCAUGGACAUGAAACUAGGCCACUACCUCAAAAUCCCUCCUCGCACCCUUUUCUUCGCCCAGGGCAUCGCGACCAUCCUCGGCGCCCUCACCCAGUCCGGCGUCACCCUCUGGAUGCUCGGCCAUAUCGACGGCAUCUGCGACUCCGACCAGCCGGACGGCUUCUCCUGCCCCAAUGGGAGAACCGUCUACUCUUCCUCUGUCAUCUGGGGCCUCGUCGGCCCACGCCGUCUCUACUCCGCCGGCAAGAUCUACUCGUCUCUGCUUCAUUUCUUCUGGAUCGGUGCCAUCACCCCGAUCAUCACUUACCUCUUGUACACAUAUACCCGGCGCAACUUUUGGAAAUACAUCAAUUGGCCACUCAUCUUCGUUGGCACCAACAACGUUCCUCCUGCAACCGGAAUCAAUUACUCCAGCUGGGCCCUCGUCAACUUCGCCUUCGACCAUUUCAUAAAACAUCGCUUCUUCGCCUGGUGGACAAAAUACAACUACGUUCUUGCCGCCGCCCUCGAUACAGGCCUUGCCCUCAGUGGUAUCGUCAUCUUCUUCUGUAUCUCUUACCCUGGUGCCGUGUUUCCUGAUUGGUGGGGAAAUACCGUUUACCUUGAUACCGCUGACGGACAGGGGGUGGCUUACAAGUCGAUUCCUGAAGUUGGUUAUUUUGGGCCCCCAAAUGGGACUUGGACCUGA